AAAUAUAAAUGUUUUACAGGUCAGCAAGUAAACAUGGCAAAGUCCUCAAUCUUUUUUAGCAAGAACACCUCGGAUAGUCUGCAAGCUGCAAUCUACCACAUUCUUCAUGGUAUAACUCCCCACCGCUCUUCAAGAUAUCUAGGCUUACCUCUUGGCAUAGGCAGAUCAAAAGGUGAAACAUUCCACUAUGUU